GCGGAGCGGAGCCGGCAGUCCGGCGCGCUCGCCCACCGCCCGCUCCGCGUAGCUCCCGGCCGCCGCUGUGGUCGCCGCCGCCACCGGCGCGUCGGAGAGAGCCUAGCAUGACCGGGCCGGGCUGGCCGCGCCGCGCGUCCCGGGGGGCCUCGGCGCUCCUCACCGCCGCGCUUCUCUACGCCGCGCUGGGGGACGUGGUGCGCUCGGAGCAGCAGAUCCCGCUCUCCGUGGUGAAGCUGUGGGCCUCCGCUUUCGGUGGGGAGAUAAAAUCGAUCGCUGCCAAGUACUCGGGCUCCCAGCUCCUGCAAAAGAAAUACAAGGAGUAUGAGAAAGAUGUGGCCAUAGAGGAGAUUGACGGGCUGCAGCUGGUGAAGAAGCUUGCCAAGAACAUGGAAGAGAUGUUUCACAAGAAGUCAGAGGCCGUGCGGCGUCUUGUGGAGGCUGCAGAAGAGGCGCACCUGAAGCACGAGUUUGACGCAGACCUCCAGUAUGAGUACUUCAAUGCUGUGCUGAUAAACGAGAGGGACAAAGAUGGAAAUUUUCUGGAGCUGGGGAAGGAGUUCAUCUUAGCCCCAAAUGACCAUUUUAAUAAUUUGCCUGUGAACAUCAGUCUGAGUGACGUCCAAGUGCCAACAAACAUGUACAAUAAAGACCCUGCAAUCGUCAAUGGGGUUUACUGGUCUGAGUCCCUCAACAAAGUUUUUGUGGAUAACUUUGACCGUGAUCCAUCACUCAUAUGGCAGUACUUUGGAAGCGCGAAAGGUUUUUUUAGGCAGUAUCCAGGGAUUAAAUGGGAACCAGAUGAGAAUGGAGUCAUUGCCUUUGACUGCAGGAACCGAAAAUGGUACAUCCAGGCAGCAACUUCUCCGAAAGAUGUCGUCAUUUUAGUUGAUGUCAGCGGCAGCAUGAAAGGACUCCGGCUGACGAUCGCGAAGCAGACGGUCUCGUCUAUCUUGGAUACACUGGGGGACGAUGAUUUCUUCAACAUCAUUGCUUAUAACGAGGAGCUUCACUACGUGGAACCUUGUCUGAAUGGGACAUUGGUGCAAGCUGACCGGACUAACAAGGAGCACUUCAGGGAACAUCUGGACAAACUUUUUGCCAAAGGAAUCGGGAUGCUGGACAUAGCACUGAACGAAGCCUUCAACAUUCUCAGCGAUUUCAACCACACGGGACAAGGAAGCAUCUGCAGCCAGGCCAUCAUGCUCAUUACCGACGGAGCGGUGGACACCUAUGACACCAUCUUUGCAAAAUACAAUUGGCCGGAUCGCAAGGUCCGCAUCUUCACCUACCUCAUUGGACGCGAGGCUGCUUUUGCAGACAAUCUCAAGUGGAUGGCCUGUGCCAACAAAGGGUUUUUCACUCAAAUCUCCACAUUGGCUGAUGUGCAAGAAAAUGUCAUGGAGUACCUCCACGUGCUUAGCCGGCCCAAAGUCAUCGACCAGGAGCAUGAUGUGGUGUGGACAGAAGCUUACAUUGACAGCACUCUUGCUGAUGAUCAGGGCCUUGUCCUGAUGACCACCGUGGCCAUGCCCGUGUUCAGUAAGCAGAAUGAGACUAGAUCAAAGGGCAUCCUCCUGGGUGUGGUUGGCACGGAUGUCCCUGUGAAGGAACUUCUGAAGACCAUCCCCAAAUACAAGUUAGGGAUUCACGGUUAUGCCUUUGCAAUCACCAAUAAUGGCUACAUCCUGACGCACCCAGAACUCAGGCCACUGUAUGAAGAAGGAAAAAAGCGAAGGAAGCCUAACUACAGUAGCGUUGACCUCUCCGAGGUGGAGUGGGAAGACCGAGAUGAUGUGCUGAGGAAUGCCAUGGUGAAUCGAAAGACGGGGAAGUUUUCCAUGGAGGUGAAGAAGACAGUGGAUAAAGGGAAACGGGUUUUGGUGAUGACAAAUGACUACUAUUAUACAGACAUCAAGGGUACCCCUUUCAGUUUAGGUGUGGCGCUCUCCAGGGGCCAUGGGAAGUAUUUUUUCCGAGGAAAUGUGACCAUCGAGGAAGGCCUGCAUGAUCUGGAGCACCCGGACGUGUCCUUGGCAGAUGAAUGGUCCUACUGUAACACUGACCUACAUCCUGAGCACCGGCAUCUGUCUCAGUUAGAAGCUAUUAAGCUCUACCUCAAAGGCAAAGAACCCUUGUUGCAGUGUGAUAAAGAACUGAUCCAAGAAGUCCUUUUCGAUGCUGUGGUGAGCGCGCCCAUUGAAGCAUACUGGACCAGCCUGGCCCUCAACAAAUCUGAGAACUCUGACAAGGGUGUGGAGGUGGCCUUCCUCGGCACUCGCACAGGCCUCUCAAGAAUCAACCUUUUUGUCGGGGCUGAGCAGCUGACCAAUCAGGACUUCCUGAAAGCUGGAGACAAAGAGAACAUUUUCAACGCAGACCACUUCCCUCUGUGGUACAGAAGAGCCGCCGAGCAGAUCCCAGGCAGCUUCGUCUACUCAAUCCCAUUCAGCACAGGAACAGUCAACAAAAGCAAUGUGGUGACAGCAAGUACCUCCAUCCAGCUCCUGGAUGAACGGAAAUCUCCCGUGGUAGCAGCUGUAGGUAUCCAGAUGAAACUUGAAUUUUUCCAAAGGAAGUUCUGGACCGCCAGCAGACAGUGUGCCUCUCUGGAUGGCAAGUGUUCCAUCAGCUGCGAUGAUGAGACGGUGAACUGUUACCUCAUAGACAAUAAUGGAUUUAUCCUAGUGUCUGAAGACUACAUGCAGACUGGAGACUUUUUUGGUGAAAUUGAGGGAGCUGUAAUGAACAAGUUGUUAGCAAUGGGCUCUUUUAAAAGGAUCACCCUGUAUGACUACCAAGCCAUGUGCAGAGCCAACAAGGAGAGCAGCGACGGUGCCCAUGGUCUCCUGGAUCCGUACCAUGCCUUCCUCUCUGCAGUAAAAUGGAUAAUGACAGAACUUGUCUUGUUCCUGGUGGAAUUCAACCUCUGCAGCUGGUGGCACUCCGACAUGGUGGCUACAGCCCAGAAAUUGAAGCAGACCCUGGAGCCUUGUGACACUGAGUAUCCGGCAUUUGUCUCUGAGCGCACCAUCAAGGAGACCACUGGAAACAUUGCUUGUGAAGACUGCUCCAAGUCCUUCGUCAUCCAGCAGAUCCCCAGCAGCAAUCUCUUCAUGGUGGUGGUGGACAGCAGCUGCCUCUGCGAGUCUGUGGCGCCCAUCACCAUGGCGCCCAUCGAAAUCAGGUAUAACGAAUCCCUGAAGUGCGAGCGUCUGAAGGCCCAGAAGAUCCGCAGGCGUCCGGAGUCGUGCCAUGGCUUCCACCCCGAGGAGAACGCCAGGGAGUGUGGUGGCGCUCCGAGUCUCCAGGGCAGCACAGCCCUUCUUCUGUUCCCUGUGCUGCUGCUGCUGCUGCUCUCGAGGUGACCCGGAAGAGAUGUACUCUUGGCAUGCUAAAUCAUGGAUAAACUGUGAACCAAAAUAUGGUGCAACAUAGGAGACAUGAAAUAUAGUCCGACCAUCAGCAUUUCAUGAUUUUAAACUGUGCGUGAUAUAAACUCUUAAUGACAUGUUGACAAAAAAAGUUACCUUUUUACUUUGCUGGUCAUGCAAAAGUGAGUUUGCUACAUGAUAAUCACCUUCCAUCAGAAAUGGGACUGCAGGUGGCAGGCAGGGCCCCUUCUGCUCGAAGCCCACUGAAACCACUUUAAAACUGUGCACUUUUUCAAUAAAGUAUAUUAAAAUCAUA